GUGGUGCGGCCGCAGCCAGCGCAGCCUGGGCGCAGAUGCCCGGGCCUCUGCUCAGGCGCGGGUGCUGAGCCGCCAGGAUGCUCCGGGCUCCCGAGCUACGGCCGGGGGAGGCGGGGACGGCAGGCUGCAGCCCCCGCGCCGCACCACCCAUCCAGUCCAAGCCGCUUACCUCCUUCCUCAUCCAGGACAUCCUACGGGACCGCACGGAGCAGUGCGGAGGCCAAGCGGGCAGCCCGCAGCCGCAGCCACCGCCGCAGCCCCGGCGCCAGCCAGACCAGAGGCGAGACCCUGAGCCGGAGCCCAAGGGAGGAAGAGGCAGCGCCGGGGCGCCUGAGGACCAUAGGAGCGCCCGGCCCCGCGCCUCGCGGAGGGAGGCCGAGACGCCGGAAGAGACCGAGCCAGAUAGGCACCUUGAGACUUAUCUGCUGGACUGUGAAAACACUCCAGGCGCCUUGCCGAGCCUGCCCCCAACCCCCAAGCAGCCACAGAAGCGCUCCCGGGCCGCCUUCUCCCACACUCAGGUCAUAGAGUUAGAGAGGAAGUUCAGCCACCAGAAGUAUCUGUCGGCCCCCGAAAGGGCUCACCUGGCCAAGAACCUCAAGCUCACGGAGACCCAAGUGAAAAUAUGGUUCCAAAAUAGACGCUAUAAAACCAAGCGGAAGCAGCUCACCUCGGACCUGGGGGACCUGGAGAAGCACCCCUCCUUGCCGGCUCUGAAGGAGGAUGGCUUCUCUCGGGCCUCCCUCAUCGCCAUGCAUAACACUUACCCUUACUACCCCUACCUUUACUGCUUGGGAGGCUGGAGCCCAGCUUUCUGGUAACAACGCCGGCUCAGACAACCAUGUGUGAUCAAAAGCUGCCUUCCCCUGGUGGUCCCUCUGGAAGGCAGAAGGGCCCGGGGUCAGGGAGGACUGGGCCGCAAGAGACCUGCAGAACUGAAAGCAUUGGAGGUUUGCUUGGAAAUCCCAGAUUCUUCACUGGUGUGCCAAUGAAAGACCUGGGACAGGAAAUAACUUAAGAGCCAAAUAGGUCCCCCCACACGGGAAUGUAGGUCAUUUUUGCUUUGAGAGACCCGCUUGAAGUGGGGCGGGAUACAGCCAAGUGCUGUUUCCAGCAUCACUUGUGGAGGCUGCCCACAUCACCUGUGAGAAUUCUCCUCCUCCAGCUCCAUCCUCUUUUGUGACUGAGCAUCCGCUCCUCCUGAAGGGGGUGGGGGGGAGGGGAGGGGAGCUAAGAUGAGAUGUCACCUCCAGAAUUAAACUGAAGGUCAGACGCCUCUCAUUGGCCUUGGAGUAUGACCACGGGUUGCUCUCCAUCCCUGGGGGAGAGCAGGAAGCACAGGGUCCCACAGAGAAGCCUGUGGUGCUCAGGGCAGGUUGGCACAGGAUACAGAGAUGGGUAGGAGGAGAUGAAAAUAUAAGCUUCUUAUUCUUCCUUUUAAAAUAAUAGGCCAACUGAAGUAUUUACAGGGUGGCCCAAGCAGAACAAGAAGAACUCACUGUGGUUUUAAGACAAGCUGUCUAAACAGAAACUCUCCCUCAAGAGGUGGGCUGGGGCCGGAAGAAUCUCCCCGUGUCCAAGACAGUGGCUUAAGGAGAAGUCCCCACGCAUGCUGCUGCGGGGGGCCUCGCAUGUCUUUAUUAGCAAAAGGACCUUUUUGCCCUGGGCCUGAGAAUUUAGAAUGAGAAGGUUCCUGGAGUUUUCAGGCUGUAAUUCAUACAACACCAUGACAGGUAACAUAAUUUUUCAAGCCCCUUUUUGCCCUCCUUCUAUUUUUUUUGUUCCUUUUCCACAGCAGGGCUUCUUUUCAGUCCAGACUUUUAGUCUGACUGCACCUAACUUAUGCCUUCCUUAUUUAGCCUGAUCCCUAGUCUUUUUUUUUUUUUUUCUCUUUUUCAAAGUUUUCUCUCUCCUGGGUUAAAAAAAAAAAGAAAAAAAAGUAAAGGGAAGUAGAUUCUAAGUUAGCUAAAAGACAGGCAUUAAAAAAAAAAAAAAAAAACCUCACCACCUAGCAAUUCUUAUUUCUUUCCUUUAAAAAUAUAUAGCAUUAAAUCCCAAAUCCUAUUUAAAGUCUUGGCAGCUCCAGAAGGUCACUGCCGUUUUCGUAGGACUUUCUGGCGAACUCUUUGGCAUCCCUGCAGGCAGAGGAGGUGAGAGGUAUGGGGCUUCCACACGCAGGAACACAAUGCAGAGUGAAGGGUCAGUAGAUGCCCUUAGGCUGCCUGGUGGAAAUCAGUGGAAAUCAAGGGCUCUGGGGUGAGGGGUGGAGAAAAGGGGCCUGGCCUUCCGAAGCCCAACCCCCUGGGCAAGCUGACGGGGCUGAUAGCACUUUGCAGGAAGAGGCUAAGAAAAAGGAAACCGUUUUCAAAACACAGUAUUGCGGUUUCCAUCACCAAACAAUGAAACGAUCCCAAUGCUUCAGGAACUGUGUUUAACACCCAUUAAAAAAAAAAAAAAAAAAAAAGCCACCUGGUGACUUCAGAGAGAAGGAGGAGCGGGCACAGGAGAAAUGUGGCCACCCUUCUGUUUUUAUCCUGUUAUCUCAGGUGACCUGGUAGAGGGGAGACAUGGGAAUGAAAAAAGCCAGUUACUAAUGAGGUACCCCGAGGCCUGGAAAUCUCUUGAUCCCUCUACUUAAUACUGUUCAAUGAGAAACCUUCCAGUUUCCUCCUAUUAAAAAGGUCCAAUUUACUGUUGGUGGCAAAACUGCCAAAGUCAAGAGAGAGUUGGCUCAUUUCUAUCAUUGGAGCCCCACAUUGAAACACUGUCAGAUGCCACGUGCUGCCAACACAGGGAAGCACAGAAGGCCGGGCAGCCCAAACUGCUUUCUCCUUCUCACAUUCUCACACGUCUUCUAAGAUAAGCAUUCAGUGCUGGCUCUCUGGUCCGUACCCUUCCUCCCUACCUUCUGCAUUGAAUCCCUUCAACCUCCAAAUCUACAAGUAUUAAAUAUUUUACUAUGAGGUAUAUUGUGUUGGAAAAAGAAAAAAAAAAGUCUUUGUUUAAAAUUAUUUGGUUUGGUGACUCUCUCUUGCUUUCCCUCCUGUUGGAACUGGUCACUCACCCAUGUCCAAACUGGUAGAGCAACAUUUGAAGAGCUAGUAGAUCUUUAUCUGAUAGGUGAACUGCACGGUGCCCUGGACCACUUCACCCAGACAGCCUGGAUUUUGAUCCUGCUUAAUAAAUUCAUUGAGGUUCUCCACGUGCAUAACAAACUCUGCUCCAAUCUGUAACACACACGCCUGUGCAUUGAAGUUCAGUAAAGUACCCCAACCAAACUUUA